AUGGAAAAUCCAAAAAUGUAUUCAUCGGCAAAUGGAAUGCAAAAGAAAGAUGCAAAAGAAAUUCUUACGGAAUUUAAAAAUAAAUUAAAAUUAAAUGAUUGUAGGAGGAUACUGGAUGUCGGAUGCGGAUCUGGAGAAGUUUCUGCUCAAAUAAUUUUACCACUACUAUCAAAAGAUUUCAAAGAAUUAAUCGGAUUGGAUUUAUCCCUGAACAUGAUACAAUUUGCCGAAAAUAUAUAUUCUGAUAAAAAAAUAACUUUUAUACAAUAUGACAUUGCUCAAAAUACGGACAACGUACUCGAUGAAAUAACAGAAAAAAUACAAUUUUCAAAAUUGAAAAAAUUAAAACUAAAUAAAUAUUCGGAAGAAAAUAAUUCAAGUGCAACAAGAGGAAAUGGAAACAACAACGUAAUUGGAUCCAAUGAAAAUUUACAACAAUUUGAUAUAAUUUUUUCUUUUUAUUGUUUACAUUGGGUAUCCGAUCAAAGGUCAGCUUUUAAAAAUAUGUAUAACCUUCUUAAACCCGGGGGAGAAGUUUUACUCGCUUUUCUCGUCCAAUCUCCCAUUUUCACAUUAUACAGAGCUUUAUCAAAAACAAAAAUUUGGGAAAAUUACAUGCAGGACGUCGAAGAAUUCAUACCUUUUUAUCAAGAUUCAAUGUAUCCUGUUGAAAAUUUUAAGGAAAUAUUAAGUUCGUCUGGUUUUCUAACAGUAACACUGGAUUGUAAAGAAAAAAAUUAUGUUUUUGACAGUUACUCAUCGAUUAAAGAUGCAAUAUCGGCAGUGAAUCCUUUUUUAUCAAGGAUGCCAGCCUCACUUCGAGAAGAUUUUUUAAACGAAUGUUUAAACAAAGCAAAAAUUUUAAAAUUGGUCACACCAAACAAUAAUCAGUAUUCAGUGACUUACAAAUUAUUAAUAGCUCAUAUAAAAAAGCCAGAAUUUUAA